UUGUCAGGUUUGGAAAAUGCCACCGCUCCCUCACCCCCAGUUUCAUCUUAGAGAUUGCUGCAGAUAAAGUCAGCGUGGUCUUCUCGGUGGCCCAAAGCGGGCAGGGGUCACGCUGUUGUGAAACAGUCCCCUGGGCGUGUCGAGCCGGGCGUGGACAUGCAGAUGGCGGUUGGCAGCUUGUAGCAUGAGGUGGCUUUGGGACGCUUCCAGUAAAAGCGACUGGGCUUGAAUUUGGGGGAGGGUUCUGGGCAAGCCCGGCCAGUGGAGAGGCCCAGAGACUGUCCUGUCUGGGGAGCUGGGCCUUGGAGCUCUGCUUGCCUCUUCGAAAGGCAGAGCGCCUGGGGUGGAGCUCACAGCCCCGCUGCGCGUGCUCCAGGAUGGCGCUGGAGGGCAGGUGCCACCGCCUGCAGGAUUCUCUGUUCAGCUCUGACAGUGGCUUCAACAACUACCGUGGCAUCCUGAAUUGGUGUGUGGUGAUGCUGGUCUUGAGCAAUGCGCGGUUAUUUUUAGAGAACCUCAUCAAGUACGGCAUCCUGGUGGAUCCCAUCCAGGUGGUGUCUCUGUUUCUGAAGGACCCCUACAGCUGGCCCGCCCUGUGCCUGGUCAUUGUGGCCAACGUCUUUGCCGUGGCUGCGUUCCAGGUGGAGAAGCGCCUGGCUGUGGGUGCCCUGACGGAGCCAGCAGGGCUGCUGCUGCACGUGGCCAACUUGGCCACUGUUCUCUGCUUCCCGGCGGCUGUGGCCUUACUGCUUGAGUCCAUCACUCCAGUGGGCUCCGUGCUGGCUCUGAUGGCGUACACCAUCCUCUUCCUCAAGCUGUUCUCCUAUCGGGACGUCAACCUGUGGUGCCGACAGCAGCGCAGGGCUAGGGCCAAGGCCAAGGCUGCUGCUGCGGGUAAGAAGGCCAACGGGGGAGCCGCCCAGUGCACCGUGAGCUACCCUGACAACCUGACUUACCGAGAUUUGUACUACUUCCUCUUUGCCCCCACCCUGUGUUACGAGCUCAACUUCCCCCGCUCCGCCCGCAUCCGAAAGCGUUUCCUGCUGCGUCGGCUCCUUGAGAUGCUGUUCCUCACGCAGCUCAUGGUGGGGCUGAUUCAGCAGUGGAUGGUCCCCACCAUCCAGAACUCCAUGAAGCCCUUCAAGGACAUGGACCACUCCCGCAUCAUCGAGCGCCUCCUGAAGCUGGCGGUCCCCAACCACCUCAUCUGGCUCAUCUUCUUCUACUGGCUGUUCCACUCCUGCCUUAACGCCGUGGCCGAGCUCAUGCACUUCGGAGACCGGGAGUUCUAUCGGGACUGGUGGAACUCUGAGUCCGUCACCUACUUUUGGCAGAACUGGAACAUCCCCGUACACAAGUGGUGCCUAAGACACUUCUACAAGCCCAUGCUCCGGAAGGGCAGCAGCAAGUGGGUAGCCAGGACGGGGGUGUUCCUGGCUUCGGCCUUCUUCCACGAGUACCUGGUGAGCGUCCCUCUGCGCAUGUUCCGCCUCUGGGCCUUCACGGGCAUGAUGGCUCAGAUCCCACUGGCCUGGAUAGUGGGCCGCUUCUUCCGCGGCAACUACGGCAACGCGGCCGUGUGGCUGACCAUCAUCAUCGGGCAGCCGGUGGCGGUGCUCAUGUACGUCCACGACUACUACGUGCUCAACCACGAGGCCCCGACGGCCGCGGCCUGAGCCGCUCCGGGCCGGCCCUCCCUGCUGCGGCUGCCCGCCUUGCCUCACUGCCCGCGGCGGGAGCCGGCCCCCCACCUGUGUGCUGGGGAGAGGCCUGGCUGCUCGAGCUGCCCUCUGCCCCUAUGGGGCACCCUCCUGCCCCCUCAGGGGCGGCAGACUGGGCCCGUGGGAGGUGCCAGCACUCGGGAGCUGUGCCGAUCCUGCCCGGGGUCUGAAUGUGUCAAUAAAGCGCUGUCCACAGCGA